CACCUCUCUAGGUUGGAUUACAAUAUGUGUUUACCUGCAUUCUACACCUGUGCGGUCCCGUGUACACGUUAUGGAUUUACCAAUAUGAAAAGGAGCCAGGCAUGGAGUCCGCCACUGAGAGGCGCUGCUUAGAGCUGAUACCCCAUGGGAGAGGUGGACACAUGGCUGUGGUCGAGAAAAACCUGCUCUAUGUGUGGGGAGGCUUGAAGUCAGUAGCUGGGGGUAACGCCUAUGUGGCCAGUGAUGAAAUCUUGGUGAAUGACUUUGAGCGAGGUCUAUGGAAUUUGUUCAACAUGCUAGGAACGGUCCCUCCUGUGAUGUCUGGGACCUGCAGCUGCUCUCUGGAUGGACACAUGUACAUAUUUGGAGGGUGUAGUUUCUUUGGAGAGAACAAUCAGAUAUAUUGUGUCGACCUGAUGGACAGCAACUACAAAUGGAGGGAGAUCAUACCUGAGACCGGUUCUCCUCCCUCACCUCGAGACAAACUGUCCUGCUGGGUUUACAAAGGAAAGUUAGAGGACGUCAUUUGGGGGUGGAACAAUGAGAUCCAUGCAUUUGACCCCAUGCAAGCCAGUUGGAGUCAACCACAAACCCGUGGCCGCACUCCAGACCCCAGGGCAGCCCACGCCAGUGCCAUGAUUGGAUGUAAAGGAUACAUUCAUGGAGGAUUCAUGCACCUAGCCAUGGAUUCAGCAUUUGAGAGCCGCUGCUCGGAGCUGGUGGCCCGGGAGAGGAGCGGACACACGGCUGUGGUCGAUGGAAACCUGCUUUAUGUUUGGGGAGGUUACAUGUCUAUUGCUGAUGAUGAAGUUUUCCUGCCUAAUGAUGAAAUCUGGGUGUACGACUUAGAGCGGGGUGUAUGGCAAGUGUUCCACAUGUCAGGGGAAGUCCCUCCUUCUAUGUCUGGGACCUGCGGCUGCUUACUAAAUGGACACUUGUACAUAUUUGGAGGUUGUGAUAACAAUGGACAGACCAAUCAGAUAUAUUGUGUCGACCUGACAGACGGCAAAUACACGUGGAAGAAGAUCAAUUAUGAAAUUGGCUCUGCCCCAUCACCUCGAGACAAGCUGUCCUGCUGGGUCUAUAAGGGAAAGAUCAUUUACUUUGGAGGAUAUGGUCACAAACUUCUGUGUAAUGUGGAUAGAACAAACAGAAGCUUUAUUAUAGAUAAAGCAUCAUGGGUUGAAGAAGUGUUCUGGGGAUGGAACAAUGAGGUUCAUAUUUUUGACCCCAUGCAAGCCAGUUGGAGUCAACCACAAACCAAAGGCCGUACUCCAGACCCCAGGGCCGCCCAUGCAAGUGCCACAAUCGGACACAGAGGGUAUAUUUGUGGAGGCAGAGUCAUGGAAACCAGAACGAAUGACAUUCACUGCCUGGACCUUGAAUCAUGGAGGUGGUCAGAAAUAACCCCAGGAUCCUCCAUUCCAGUGGGCAGAUCGUGGCAUUCGCUCACAGCAGUUUCAGACAGCAGCUUGUUCCUGUUUGGAGGUCUCAGUGUAGACUGCAAACCAAUGAGUGAUGGGUGGUUGCUGGAUGUUGAAACAGAGAAGUGGAGAGAGGUCGAGCAUCCGUUCAAGAAUAAGCCAAGGUUGUGGCACACAGCAUGUCCAAGCAAAGACUGUGAUGUGAUCGUAUUUGGUGGAAGUUGUGACUACAUCCUCCUAAUUGACAACAGUCACUGCAAUGACGCCCUUGUCUUCCAAACACAGCCUUAUCCUCUAUUCAGGAUUUGUGAAGAUUACAUUGGAAAGAACGUGAGGGACAAUGAGAUGCUCAGAAAUCAGCUUUCUUUCCUACCUCCAAAACUACUGACGGCCGUUCAGAGGAGAAUGUGUUUCUACAGGCCUUCAAAGAAGCUUAAGUAUUAGUUAAAAGAAUGUCUUAAUUGCCAAGAACAAUGAAUUGGCACACUAUGUCUAAGUACUGUACUCUCUUCAGUAUGUACAUCUCAGUCGCACUGUGGGGUAGCAUUUGAAUUAUUAUUUUUUAAAUGUGCCAAAUAUUUUAUGGUUUUAGAGAUGUGCAUUUUAUUUUGUACAGUUUGCCUGCUGAAAUACCCUUGAAAAUUGUUCCUGUGAUGACUUUGAUGAUUAAAGGGCACAUCAAACUGUAA